UUAAGCAGAGUUGGUGUUCGGGGAAUACCCCGUCUGGGCUUACGUAAUAUGCUAAUGCACACCUAAUAGUGUCUCGUAUUGUUCAGGGUACAACAACAUUGCGUUGAUAUUGUGUUUACAUACCUACCUCAACACCACAAAUAGUUGAUUGACAGUUGGUUUCUGGAUACCUGUAUACCAUGGUGUACAAAACACUAUUGCGUUAAUAUUGUGUUUACAUACCUACCACAAAACCACAAAUAGUUGAUGAACAGUUGGUUUCUGGAGACCUGUAUACCAUGGUGUACACAACACUACUGUUCAUGCUGUUGGCGACACUAUCCUUGGAAAUAGUUGCUAUGGAGCAUUGCUACUUUUAUGAUGAUGCCCUAUUUUUGUAUGGAUACUACGGUUCCUGCGAGUACGGGUGUUGUGGGAGCCCUGAAUCACAGACAUGCUGCAAUAAAGUGGAAUCGGAUAGGACCGGGUGGAUCAUUGGUGUACCAGUGUCAGCACUGGUAGUCGGCGCGUGUGUUGCUGCACUGUGUUAUUUCUGCAGAUCGAGGACACAUUGUAUCCGACACGAUCAUGACGAAUCAACAACAACCGAGCAAGCCUUGGUUGGCACUGAACGUUCCACUUCUGACGCCGAUAGUUCGACGAAAUUGCAUGUGACAUCGGUGCUGUAAUCAACGGACAAAAAGACAUUAAUAGUUACUUUUUGGUAAAUAUUUCUAAAACUCUCAUUGUUUGGACUCGGUGAUUAGGUAUACUAUCUUUGAUGAACGACAUUAGGAAAUUAUAGAUUAGUAGUUUUGCAAA